UGUUUCACACGAGACACUUUGUGGCCAGCGACUAGUGUCUGAAAAGAAUCGGGCGAUUUAAAAUAUAUUGAUAUUUAUAGAAGCGUUCACACGAGACACAGAUAAGGAAUCAGUGUCCCGCAGGCGUUUCGAAGUGUCUCUUCCCCUCUAGUAGCCGGACACUGUGUUUGUGUCUGAGCCACCGAUAAUCUACACAUUGUUAUGAAUAUGUUCAGACGAGACACACGAGACCGCCAAUUUAUACCGAUUUUAAACAAUAAUUAAUAAAUAAUUUAUUGAGGCAGUAAUUAUUUUAUUACAUAUUUUGAAAUUGAUCAAUAAUUAUGAUCCUUGAUACGGACAAAUUCAUAGUUGAGAUUGAAAAACGGAAAGAGUUGUGGGAUAUUGCAAGCACUAAUUAUGCUAAUAAGAUCAUAAAACGAAAUUCAUGGAUAGACGUGUGCCGAAUAUUUUGCGAGAAAUAUGACGAAAUGCCAACAAUUGAACAAAAUGAAAUGAUAAAGGAAGUACAAAGAAAAUGGAAAAGUCUUAGGAAUUGUUUUGCACGCGAGCAAUCUCGAAGAAAAAAUAUUAAGUCUGGCUCAGGUCAAUCAUCUUGGAAAACGUACGUAUUUUAUAAUCAGUUAUCAUUUCUUGGAUCAAGUGCAACAAAUAGACCAACUACAUCUAAUGUCACUCCUACACAUGAUGAUGAUGAUGAUGAUGAUGAUAAUGAUGAAUUGGGCACAGAACAAAAUACUCAAGAUAGUGAACAUUUUUUUGAGUCGACAGAAGAAUCUCAAACUCGCAGAAAUCAGAGACAAAAAAAAAAAUCAAAAUCAAACCAUAAUGAAUCUGAAGAAAAUUUGUUUGGAACUAUAGCCAGAAGUUUAGAAUUUAGAAACCAAAUGGAAAAAGAAGCAAUGGAGGAUCAAGAUCGACUAUUUUUGUUAUCUUUAGUGGGUGAUUUAAAAAAAGUCCCCCCUCAUUUGAAAAUGCAAGUGAAAUCAAAUAUAAUAAAUGUUAUCAGUCAUAGCCUCGCACUCCAACCACAAAGAAUUGAUUUUGAUCCACGUUGUCAGUUAAAUCCUCCAAAUAGUUAUCAAACAUUACCUUUUACUCAACACCCAUUUGGACUCCAACAAGCUGCUACAUCUCAACAACCACUUUCAACAUUUACACAAGCCUUUCCGAAUCACUAUACUAAACGUAUGUCUGAUGUUCAAUACAAUAAUCAAAAUAUUAACUACGCAAUGGAUACUUCAUCUACAUCUACCAACAGUAAUAAUUCCUCGUUAGACGUAGAAAGUAGUCCACCAAUUAAUUCAAACUUGGUUAGUUACAUAAAUGAUUAUACAUCCUCAGACAACUAACAAGUGCGUAAUAAGUAUUUUUGAUCAGUUUAAACGAGUUGUUUUAAAUCUACGUUUUAUUUUAAAUAUUAUUACUUAGUAAGUGAUGUAAAAGUAUACACACAUUUUUUUAUAAGAACGGU